GGGCUCUCGCUUUCCUGCGCUGCCCUCCCCCUCCUCCGCAGUCCGGUUCGGCGCGGCGAGAGGAGCGACCAGAAACGGGCUUCGCUCCUCCGAGCCGCAGCCGCGUUGCCGGCCACAGUGCCAAGCGUCGCCCGCCGGAGCGGUACCCCACCCGAUUGACGGGAGACCACCCUUUUGACGCCAGCACUCCGGCCGGUCUGCAUCUCGACGCGCGUGUCUCGGGAACAACUGGCGCGCCAGUCGGCGGCGAGACCGGAGGCUGCACUGCGCCCGCACCGCGCCGUUGAAGUCGGUCGCAGAGCUCCGCUGCUUCCCGGAACACAGAUUGGCACACGCAGGGUGGCAGCCAUGACGACCGGGCUCCUGGAGAAGAAAGGUCCCAGCUCGGCGCCCGGCCAGCAGCAGCAGCCACAGAGCCAGCCGCCCUCGAAUCCUUACCAGGACACCUUCCGCAGCUGGGUAGUGGGCGUGGCGUGUGCCUGGAACUUUUUCUGGCUCACGCUGGUGAACCGCUCUAGUGGCAUCCUGUUCGUCGCCAUCUUGGAUGUGUUCAACGUGAGCCGUCAGGAGGCCGCGUGGUCCUUCAGCCUCAUGGACACGAUGGCCAGCUUUACUAUCAUCGUGUGCAGCGUGGUGUACAAGGUGGUGGACACGCGAGAGCUGUCCAUCAUCGGAUCGCUCACGGUGUCCGGCGCCUGCAUGCUCUGCUUCCUGGUCUUUCGGGUCCAGGUAAUUACAGUCGUUCUGGGAACCAUCAUAGGCAUUGGGCAAGGCAUGAUGUACUUCUGCAACACGAUCGUGAUCAACCAGUACUUCAAGCGACACCGGGCGUCGGGCAACGGCAUCUACUUCGCCGGCGGCACGCUCAGCUCCUUCUUCUUCCCCCCGAUGCUGUUCAGCAUCAUCAACACGUACGGGCUGCGCACCACGCUACUCUUUCUGGGCGCUAUCUCGCUGAACGCCGUCCCGGCAUCGAUGCUGCUCGAGUCGCCGUUCAGCCGCAUGCGCCGUAUCGACCGCCACAAGAAGUUGCGGCUCGUCGCCGUCGACAAUGAGUGCACGCCCGAGAAGAUAAAGCUGCCCGUGGAGCGAACUGCGGGCAGCAGCAACGUCGAGGAGAAGCUCGAGCGCUGGUUCCGCAGUCAGCUGGCCGUGUUCUCGUUCCUGCGGCGGCCCAUCUUCUACGUCAUAGUGUUCACGGGCAUCACCUUCUCCUUCUCGUUCGUGGUGUUUCCGGUGACCAUCGUGGACUUCGCCAUCAGCCGCGGCGUGACCAGGAACCGCGCCGCGCUGCUACUGACUAGCUUCUCGACGGGCGACCUGGUUGGCCGCCUGUUCAGCGGCGUGCUCACCGACCGCAAGCUGCUGCGCAAGGACCACAUGAUGGUGCUCACGUACGCCGUGUGGAGCGCCGCCUUCUUCGCGCUGCCCGUGUGCCGCGCCUACGAGCUCACUUUCGCCGUCACCGUGGCGCUAGGCGUGGCCGUCGGCAGCGGAGGGAUCUUCAACACGGUGCUGUUGGCAGACUACCUGGGCGUGCGGGUCAUGCCGACCACGUUCGCCAUGUACCGCAUGGUUCUGGGCAUCAUUUCCCUUAUCCGGCCUUUCUUCAUCGGCUACUUCCGGGACCGGAUAGGCACCUACGACGGUCUGUAUUUCCUGUUGGGAGCCUACAGCUUUCUCAUCACCCUCAUCUGGAUCGUCAUAUCCAUUGUGCAGUACUGCAGAGGCACCAAAAAGUACAACCUCAAGUGAAGCUGCCCAAGCCGUACCCACAUAGUUCCGAAGCCCCCACCACCACCAACUGUCAUCAUCAUCAUCAUAAUCAUCAUCAUGUCACUGCAUAACUACAAACCAUUUUGUGCAUACUUCUCAUUGCAUACAAAGAAACAUUACAACUUGUGAAAGCCA